AUGCCUACUUAUAUUGUUACCGCUAAGGAGAACGCCACCCCCGAGCAGGUGGAGAGUGUCAAGCAACACGCCAAAGACCAAGGUGGUGAGAUCAAGCAUGAAUACACCCUGAUCAAGGGUUUCUCUGUCUCUUACCCAGAGGACACCCUCGUUAGCCUCGAAUCGCACGAGCACGUUGGUACUGUCGAACUGGACAAGGAGGUCACAACCCAGUAA